AUGAUUACUUCAGAAGACAUCAGAAGAACCGCCAUCAAAUUCUUUUCAGUUACGAAUUACCUGAAGGAAGGGUUUGUAGUCGUGGGAGGAAAGAAGAUGGAUGGUGAAACGACUCAAUGGCACAGAUUGAGCACAGCAGCACGGGCCGUGCGCAAGGAGACGGAAUCCUUCGACCUGACGCAAGCCAAGUCAUUCGUCUGCGCAGAGCUGGGCGCAGACGCUGCUAGCCAUACCGAAUUUGAGAAACAGAUCUACGAGAUUUGGACAGCUAGAACUUUGUACUCUGCGGCUCACAUGCUCGCCGACCAGAUCAGAACGGACUCGAAACUAGUCGAGGUAUCCUGGUGCAGUUGUGAUGACCCGGAUUGCGAGUUUAGUACAAAGAAGAGCAUGAUGCAGAUCUACCACAAGGAGACCUACAUCGACAAGAAGAAGCCGCACCGUGUAUACAGCGAUAUCUUCGACCUCAUAGAAUGCAUGCGGAACGACAUGGGAUACUUAGGAGGGCUACGAACACUCGUCCAUGAUACCGCUAGAAAAUUCUUCCGCUGCCAGGCAGGCGGGGGAAACGAGGACCAGGGCAGGGACAAGAAAGAUUUCAUAGAGAUCCCCAUUCAGCUGAAGGGGUACAAAUGGGAGGAUUAUCGCUUUGGUAAAGGUGAUUCGAUGUCUUCGCCGGUAGAUCGAUACGGCACCGGCCCCGACUUCAGUGCAAGCAGCAUCCGACCGCAGGAUCUUGACUCAGCAAGCCUAAGUUCCGGAGUCAUCGUUCAACGAUCAAACGAAGUGACCAUCCGUCAUCUGCUCGACUCCCGCGCCUGCGCAGACGCGACGACCAUGUGCGAUUUGGAAAAGGUCAAAGCGAAAGCUAACGAGAUACUCAGUAUCAAAUACUACAUCCGCCGUGAGAAUGGGCAGAACCCGGAGGAGACCCUCUCAGACCAGACAAAGACGUUGUGGUCCUACCUGAAGAUGCUUUCAUUCACACCAUCUCUCACGCUUCCUCCUACAUUGGGCCAGCUCAAGAAGGAUCUCACUCGAGAGUAUGGAUCCCCCUCUGUCGCAGCAGCAGAGGGAAUGAUCUUUCAGCUGUGGCUUACCAGGAAUGUCUGUGCGAUUGCCGACAUGCUUGUCGAGCAGCUCUGGGCCGAUCGCAACCUCGAUCGUGAUGAGGAAGAAAGGAAAAUGUUCUUGAGGAUACUUGAGUCGGUAUCGGAGCUAGAUCCGGUUGUCGAUGAAACACUACAAAUGUGGUGUGAAGCUAUGUGCGAAGUGAAGUUUCUCCUACGGAAAGCUCGACCCGAACCUCCUGUGCAAGAUGAUGAGAUCGAAGAUGCCCUUGUUGUCUUCAGGGAGCACAAUUGGCAGACCUUCAUUACGGCUGAGGAAGCUGGGCAGUGGGAUCCCUCAACCACUUUUUCUGACAAUGAUGAAAGCAGGGACUGGAGCUCCGUUCAUUCCCAGUCCACCCUCGAAGGCUCUUUCCAUCAGCAUCUGGAAGGGGCUGAGCAGGCCUCGGAGUCUACGGGUCGACCACCGACUACUCAAGCAUGUUAG